GCCUACGGGCCCCACCGCGGUCCGGAGCCGCGAGCGCAGAGGCAGCCGGGGGCGCCGCGCGGGUUCGGAACGCGCCGUCUCGCAGGGGCUGGUGAGGUUGGCGCCGCCGCCGCCGCGGGCGUCCGGGGGUGCGUGCUCGCCGCUCGGCCCGCUCCCAGCCAGCUGUGCAAGCGGCUGGACCGGCAGCAGCAGCAGCGGAGACUCGAGCGCGGGCGGCAGCAGCCGCGGGAGCAGCGACACCAUGGAUCUGUCCUUUAUGGCCGCGCAGCUGCCCAUGAUGGGAGGAGCCUUCAUGGACUCGCCCAAUGAGGACUUCAGCACCGAGUACUCCCUCUUUAACUCCUCCACCAACGUCCAUGCAGCCUCCAACGGCCCAGGCCAGCCGGAGGAGCCUCCGCGGUCCUCCAACGACGCCGUCUUGCUCUGGAUUGCCAUCAUAGCGACGCUGGGGAACAUUGUGGUGGUGGGGGUGGUGUACGCCUUCACCUUCUGAGGGACAGAGUGCCCUGGAGCUCCAGGACGGCUCACCCUAUGCUGGGCUCACAGCGGGGCGAGGCGUCCCACGGGCACCAUCGCUCUUGGCCUUUGGCUGUGCCCACGUUCUAGAACCAGGCGCAGCGACUAUGCGUCCGGAAUUUCCCCAGGCAGCCCUGGUUUCAAAUAUUCCAUGCUGUGGUCAAGCUGAUCCAGAAAACAUGGGAGCAUGGGCUUCCAGCCCCCGGAGGCGUGACGGGGCAAAGUCUUCAAGGAACAGACUGGAGAAUUCUUGAAACUCCAUUCCGAGAACUUGAGACCAGAAGGCGCAGCCAGUUAGGUUUAAAAUACAGACAUGGUUGGACGAUGCAUUGCUGGCAGUAAAUAAUCACUUAUGUGUCUUGUUUUUAUGCAGACUUAUCACACCUGGCGUGUGGGGUGCCGGGGCAGGAGCAGCCCUCCAAACUUCAGUGUUCCCACCCCAAUCUUGCUUUCCCACGCAGCCCCCUGAAAUAUUGAUGGCCGUCACUUGAAUGGCCAUUGAUGGUUCCUAGUUUGACUUGGAAAGGGCACCUUGUCACCAGAACCUGACUCCUUAUGAGACCCCAAAUGAUCAGGAAACCCAAAGAUGGCGUGAUGGCUGGUGCUGCAGAGGGACUUCCGGCUGCUGGCGGUGGUGGUUUUUAUCUGCUGGAUGGACUUUCUCUUUUUAAAAAGAGAAGACGCAUUUAAGAAUCAGAUCUGCCAGGCAGUUCGCUCUCCAGACCACCCAUGGGAAGGUGGUCUUCUCUGAGAGAACACAGCCUUCUACAGCGGAAGAAGGCUCCCGUCCGCCUAAUCGUUUGAGGGAUGGGAGUGGAAGGGGCGUGGUUUGCCUGUGGUCACACAGCAAGUUGAUGGAGGGGUCGAUUGGAAGGGACGUGUCCUGACUCUCAGCUCGGAGUGAAGGGCUCUCUCCGUCCAGCUAAGUGCUCCCCUGAGCCGAUUCUUGCCUACCCGGCUGCCUCAGGGAGAAUAUCCAGAGGGUCUUGAAGCUGUGUGCAAGGUGGGUGGGGCGUCCAGACAGCUGCAUUUUAAACUGGGUUUGGCUUCCGUGCUCUCUUGCAGUUGAGAACGUGCUCUGUCCAAGUCAGUUUCAAUAUAAAGUCAGUGUCUGGGGGCCUGGCUAACAGGGGCCCCCAGAUGAAGACCAGAGUGGGAAGGGGUGUGCCCGGGGAGCCGUAUGGGAAGGGCUCACUCUUCUUCCGUCCUUAGGAAAGCUCAUUGCACAGUACCCCCUUCCCAAGCAGCUCCCUGCGCCCAGACGAGUGGGUGGAGCUCAGCCACGGGCUCGCUCUCCUGCAGGCCAGGUGUGGCUCUCUCCCUGCGUUCUCUCUGAAUUGUAGGAAAGAAAAGUAAAUGGCAUAGACCUCCCCUCUCUGGUUGAGAAACUUAAAAGACAGAUUCAGAAGCCCUGGUGCAUGUUUGGAGACAAUUGCAAAAAGGCUGAAUUUGUCCCUGUGGCCUCAGGAGAAAUGAGUGUCUUGAUGACAUGCGAAGGGACAUCUCAAUUGUCCAGAGGCAGCCACUCAUCUCUGGGAGGUGGCGCUGAGCUGCCGUGAUAACAGGAUUACCAGCCAACCUCCAGACAGCGCCGGCUGACUGCCGCCAGCUCUUAAUGGCCACAUCUGUCACUGAAGCCAGGCAUCCACCCACCAAUGCUUCAGCUCAAGUGGAGGUCGUGAGCACAGAGAUGGAGAAGGAAUGAGGGAUCUUCUGCCUGGACUCCUUCUGGAAUCACUGACGGGGCCCUGCUCUCUGCAGGACCAGCCCGGAGGCUGGGCUGGGUAGUCAGCCAUUGCGUGCACAUCUUCCCAGCCGCUUCUCCAGCAAACUGCUCUCCAUCGAGCCCUGGUGUCUGCCCCGUGAGCAAGGUCUUUCUUAGACAGCUGUCUUCAUGAGAAAACCCAAGAAGGGAGGUCCAGAGCCAGGGUAAGGAGACAAGGCCAUACUUGGUGUCUUCAUGGGCGUCACCCGGUGUCUUCAUGGGCGUCACCCCAGCCCACAUACUCUCUGAUUCUUCACCUUCUGACCCCACCUCCCCCGGGGAGCCUGCAGCCUUGUAGAGGCAGGUGGCAGCUGCCUGUUCCCAAAUGGCCUGUCGAGAUGCGGUGGGAGGGAGGGUUCUGUUUGCUGUGAUGAGGGGAGGAGAGAAAAGGAUGGCUCUAGCUCUGAGGAGGCCCCCGCCUCCCAUGGCAGCCCUGGUGGGCCCCAAGUUGGCUGGGUACCUCUGAACACAGAGAUGUCCCCCAUGAAGUUUUCUUUUUUUUACCCCUGACGUAAAUGUCAAUUGAAUUCAACUUUUAAGCCUUUCCUCUUUUCGGUGUCUGGGCCAUAGAUGGUCAGAAGCUUUAGGGACCGUCUUGUCCAAACUCUUCACCAUACAUAGCACAGUGACUUGCUCAGGGUCACUCCACCUCAAUCACCUAUUGUGUUUUUACCUAUUUUUUUUCCACCGUCGCUCGGAUAACAAUGAGGAUAGAUGUGCACGCUAGAUUUCCAGCCAAAGAGUGUGCUGCACCCUCCCUCCUGCCUCAGUUGGGGUUCUGUCUUGGAUGUCAGGUAAAGGACAAGAGCUCUGACAUCAUUGCCUGAGUAUUGUGUUCAAGCCCUGUGCUAGAUUCACACGCAUAUGUUUAAUCCUUAUGUUACAUUACAGCAUCAUUGCUCCAAUACACAGAUAAGGAACCAGAAGCGCAGAGGAAUGAAGUAACCUGCCCAAGGCCACACAGCAUGAAAGUGACAAGCUGGGAUUUGAACCCAAAUCUUCCAGCUCUAAAGUUAGGCCUUCAGUGGCUGGAUAGAACCUCUGGGCACAUUUAAACCAGGCCCUGGGUCUACAGAAGCCAUUUCCCAGGGUCCCACGUCAUGGUGUAGCCUGGGCCGGCUCUGGCUUCCACAGAUGGAAAUCUGACCAUCCUCGAAUGAGGCACAGCCAUCCCCCUGCCCAGGGCCCUCUCUCUGCCCAGGCUUCAGGGGUAGUGGUUCCUGUCCCCUGCCCACCUCUUUAAAGUUAAGCACAAGUCUCUUUGUAUGGCCAGAGAAGUUCCCAGAGACCAGCUGUCUCGGGACCCAUGGAAAAGGGCCCCGGUUUAGACCUGGAGCCCCAGAGGGACCCACACGAGGAGUGAGGCUCCUGCAGCAGGAAUUGCUGAGGAGUGUCGUGGGACGGUCCGUGUUGCAGGUUGGGCCCCAGCCUGAGCCUCCAGGCUCUCCCGAGCUGGGGUUGGGGGCGGGGGAUGGAUCCUCCUCUCUUGGACCAAGCCUGGGGCUCCCGUUCUGGCUUCUCCUGGAUGAGGCCGGCCCCAGAGCCCACCUUGACUUGUCGAGUCAGUGCUGAGGACGGAGGGCUGCCUCUUUCAGUAGCCGCUCCUCAGAGAAAGAGUCCUGCAUUUGCUGGAAUGUUGUCUGUGCUUGCCCUUCCUCGUGCCCCCCCCAUUUCCCCUCUGCGAGCCGUCAGUGUCCCACACCUCUGUGUGUUUGCGUGUGGGACACUUCCCUAAGCAGAGCACCACCUGCUUUAUGAGGCUGGAGUCACCGUCGCUGGAGCCUUGAAGGAGAGGACACUUUAGCAGGCAUGUCCUAAGGGGUUCUGCCCCCGUAGGGUUCUGGGCAAGGUGAUGGUUCUGUCAGUGCCUGCCAUGUCACUGCUGUCCCUCUGCUUUUCAAGGAGGUGUCCCUCUGCUUUUCAAGGAGGUCAAGAGGCAAAUGAGACUCCUCUGCCCCUCUCUACCCCCUAGAGAGACGAUUCCAUCUCUUUUCAGGAAUCCCCCAGGAUCCCAGGGAGGGCAGACGAGUAUCACUCGGCUGGAGCAGCAACAGGCCAUUUUCCAGCCGGUUCUAAAUGGACGGGUUGGAUGUGUUGGAACCCCUGCCUGGAGAUGAGAGACUUGGCCGGCGUCUGCUCUGCUCCCUGAUUCCUUGCAGACAAAUGGCACUUUCCUUCUUCAGGAGCGUGACCUCCCUUCAUUAUUAGUGGUGAUAUUAUUAAUAAUUAUUAUUCUUACUGCUGCCAUUUGUUGCGCAUCUUCCUUGUGCUGUGCACUCUGUUCGUAUCUCAUUUGCUUCUCAAAUCACCCCUUGGCAGCAGGAGUGAGGGUGUAGAAAAGUGCACAUUAAUUAUCGUCCCAUUUUUCUGUUGAGAAAACUGAGGCUGGGCCAUGCGCCCGAGAACCCACAGCUGAGGAGCUGUGAUUCGGGUCCAGCUCUGUUGGCUCUACGGGCUGGAGAGUUACCCUACAUCUCCCAGCACCAUGCCCUCUGUGAUGAGCCUUCUGGAAUGGUCCAUCCCGGGCCGGGGCUCUGAGGCUGAAGCUGUUUGGGUCCUGGAGAGCGAAUUUCAAGUGUGUGUCCUGGGGAGGGAUGGGCAGCCAUGCACACGUAUUGAGCAGUCUCGGAACCCCAGCAGUGAGAGGCUUCAGAGAGCAUCCGAUCGGGACUAAUUUGGGAGAGGGCAGCCGAGGCCACAGGGUAAAUAGUGGAGAGCUAACAUUCAGGAGGUGGGAGGUAGCAGGGGACAAAACAAUGCUAGCCGUAGUGAUAGAAGAAGAGGAAAGAUUCCCCCAGAGCGAGAACUGGUAACUAGCAGGAGCAUAAUUAAAUGGUCAGAAGUACACAAAAUUGCGUAAAUUUUGGAAUAUGUCUGCAUUGUUUGUUCUGAGUCACUGUAAAAGUCAAGUUUUUAUCAAGCUGGAAAAUGAAAGCAGAGAAAGCCCUGAAGAGGCUGGACAACCUGCACAGUUGCUGGGACGUCUCCUGCACCUACUUUUUGACCACGGUGGCGACUGGCACCCACCCAGACCGCUCCAUCCAAAUGGUUGGUGAGGCCCAUCGCCUUCUUCUGGGGCCUUUGUGCUGACUUCCCGCCUCCCGGGAGGAGGUUUGAGACCCUUCAGCCUUGGGGAUGACUCUGGACGGAUAUACAAGGCAUGAUGCAGGGAAUUCGUUUGCGGCGGCUGCUGGGGGCGUCCAGAGCCCUCAUCCCUCACCAAGCCCCCAUCCACGUGGCUGAGCAGCUGCCAGCGGCCCCAGUGUCUGACUCACCAGCCGUCUUUCUCCCAACAUCUUAACAUUCCCGGAGAGUCACCACGUUUGCACUUCGAAGCAUUAUCCCCACAAUCCAGUUGGUUCUGAUCAGAGCUCAGUAAAUUGGCAGGAUGGGGCUUCCAAGCAAGCACUUGAGGAAACUGAGUCUCAGGAGUGUGGGAGAGUUGCCAGGUCAGGCUGGUCAGCAGGAGAGUGGGGUCUGAAGCCCAGGGCAUCUAUCUACAAUGUCUCUGAACCACUAGGCCUGUGGUUCUCAACUGGGGGCAGCUUUGUCCCCCAGGGGACCUUUGGCAACGUCUGGAGACAGUUUUGGUUGUCAGAACUUGCGGAGGUGUUCCACUGGCAUCUAGUGGAUAGAGGCCAGCGAUGCUGCUCAACAGCCCCUCUCAACCAAGAAUUAGCCACCGAAGUGCCACGGUGCCAAGGUUGGGAAACGUGGCACUGGGCCGUACUAUCUCUGAUUCCGUAACUAUGGGUCCCUUCCAAAGCCCCGCUUUUCCCCAUUUGUGAGUGAUUGAAUAAAUCCAAGCUCUUCUGAGCUACAGCAGUGAUCGUGGGUGCCGCCUCAAGUUCGCAUCAUCCUGGCCGUGAUGUGGGAAUCUGGGCCGUGACCUGGAAUCCAGCAAGUCUUGGAAAGCCACGUGACUCUCCGUUCCCUCCGUCUGGGGCUUUCGUGGGGAAUCUCAGUCCCGAUGGAGAGAACCCUACAAAGUGGAUGGGAGGGUGGGGCGGAGCUUGUCGCAUGCUCCUCCUCCCAGGAACUGUGCGUCUCUGGGACCUUCAGGGGCCUGGCCUCUCGCCACUGCCUCGGAGGUGGACCAUUUGGGGAAAAGCUUAGAAGGGAAGAAGGCUGCUUAACAGCCUUGGGGAAACCUCCAUCUCCUAUUUCUGACCUUCCCGCGGCCGCACCCUGUCUCCCCGGUUGAAGGCGCACCAACGCUCUUUCUACUAUUUAACGUUUUACAGAAACCUUAUUCUCGUAACUAGCCGCCCUCCAGAUACCAGUUCACGCCGCCGAGAGAAUCGGAAACGUUUCUGUCUUAUGAUGUUUUCAUAAUCAACUUGUAAAUGUAGGUAGUUUACUUAAUAAAAAGGUAUUUUAACUAUUCUUGUAGUUCUUUGCUACUCAAGCCCCCUGGUUUCCUGAUGGGAUCGCUAACUUUUACUACAGUGAAAAGGCUAUUUCUUAACAGUAGGGUUCCAGUGUGCUCUUUUGAUUAAAAAUAUCUAACCUUAAUGGAUGUGAAAAUGUGGCUGUGGAAUUGUGCCCCUCUGACUCUUCGCACUGUUGUUGUUUUUGUCAUUUUCUAUUAUGAUAAUUAAAAAAAAGAACAAAAACA